CGUCUCUCCAAUUCAACCCUCCCCUCUCAGAAAAAAAAAGAAUUCCCCAAAAUGCGCGCCCCCUCCCGCCUCCUAAUGGCCACGCCCACCAACCUAGGCUCAAAAUCCAGCCUCAGCGAAGCCCUCGCCCUCCUCCCCCCCCUCCAACUCUAUCGCCGCAUCCUCCGCGUCCACCGCAAGAAGCUCGACCCCGAGAUGCGCAUCCUCGGCGACUCAUACCUAAAAGCCGAGUUCCGGGCUCACAAGAACGUCGAGAAUCCGUUGCAUAUUAUUGGGUUUUUGACGGAGUGGCAGUUAUACGCGCAGAAACUUGAGGGGGAUACCUGGGUAGGGGAGAAAUUGGAUAAGGGAAAGUUGGAUAAGAUGAGUGAUCAGCAGAUUGGGCAGCUUUAUGAGCUUAUGAAUGCGAUUAAGAAUAAGGAUGGGGAAGGAGAAGGGGAAGGGAAGGAGUGAAUGAGAUGUUCUUCGUGCGUGACGUCUUUCGUUGGGAUUGGAGGUUCUUGGGCACGGUGAUAUCCGGGCCUGUGGCUGAAACCGGACCGUUUGCUUCGGCAUAUUUAUAUUUGUUAUAGCGGAGCGUGUCAUGGCCGAGUCAUUUGAAGUCGCGUGUCUAUGGAUAACCCGUACACGGCACCGUGUUGGGUAUAUCAAGUAUGCAUGCGACGAUCAUGCAUGAUAACGAAGGGUUCGAUGUAUUAUAGAAUGUAUUAAUAGGGCAGCGUUUAUAGAUGUACAUACCCAUUUGUCUAGGUAUGGUCUAUGUAAGGGUGAUAUACAUAUACAUAUGCAACUGUAG